AUGUCGAAUAAUCCAAAUGAACCCAUACCAACGGUGCGUCUUCACCAUCACCAACAACAACGACCACCACCAGUUACAGUUGAUGGUGAUACGAUGGAACGAUUAUUUCAAGCAUUAUUCUAUCGUAUUGCUGUUCUCUAUGCUCGAACCAUUCCAAAACACAUUCGUCGAAUAGGUGAAACGGCAAUACUUGUUAUGGCAAUCAUUUGUAUGACUUUACUUAUUUAUCUUCAUAUUGUAAUUAAUCAAAAACCAUUGACGUGUCUUUCGCAUCUACAUAAUAAUUGGCCAAAACAAGGUGUACUUCGUAUUGAAUUAUUUUUUGAAUCUCCACCGAAAGAUUAUAGUCUUGAACAAUCGUAUGCGAAAGAAUUUUACAAUUAUUAUAAUAAUAAUAGUGAAGAACAUCUUUUCUUAGCAAAACAAAAUGAAUCUAUUUCUCCUAUAAGUAAAAACUCGGUUGAACAAACAAAAAAUGAUCUAUUAGAAAAAUCUUAUCCAAAUAUGAGUAUUCGUUCUUCUUUAUUGUCAUCACUUGAUCGUACAAAUGAAUUUUUAACUGAAAAUGAAACAAUAAAAAGUGCACAACUUAUUGAUAAUAAUGAUACAGAAGAUAAUGAAUCAAUAUUUAAUUUGAUAUAUAAUUAUUUAUUUGAUUUUGAUUGGCUUCAACAAUUAUUAAUUGAAGAACAACAUAUCCUUGAAUAUUCACUUGAGUAUGGAUUUUUACGUUUAUCACCAAAAACAAGAAAAAGACUUAAUAUUGAAGUUUUACUUGUUACGCUAGAUAUGACAAAUAAUACAUGUUUUGGUGGUAGUUUAAAUCGAUUUAUACUUGAUCAAUUUCUUGGUUAUCAAGAAAUAUUGAUGUCUGGCAUAAAACAAUUAGCUGAAAAAGAAGCUCAUAAAGGUUAUGUUCGAAAUGUAAUGACACAAGAUCAUUUUCGUUUUGUUAGUACAUUACAAAAUCGUCGAUGGUGGACUUAUCUAGUUGCUUUAUUUAUUAUGGUUAUAUUCACAAUUAGUAUCUCAAUGCUUCUUCGUUAUUCACAUUUUCAAAUCUUUCUUUUCAUUGUUGAUCUUCUACGUAUGAUGGAACAUAAUGCAUCUGUUGUGUUUCCUGCUGCACCAUUAUUAACAGUGAUAUUAGCAUUGAUUGGUAUGGAAGCAAUUAUGUCGGAAUUUUUUAAUGAUGCAUCAACUGCUUUUUAUAUUAUUCUUGUUGUGUGGAUAUCAGAUCAAUAUGAUAGUAUAUGUUGCCAUACACCACUAAGUAAACGUCACUGGGUUCGAUUUUUUUAUUUAUAUCAUUUUGCAUUUUAUGCAUAUCAUGCUCGAUAUAAUGGUCAAUAUUCAGGUUUAGCAUUAGUAACAAGCUGUUGUUUUAUAGUUCAUUCAAUGUUUUAUUUUUUUCAUCAUUUUGAAUUACCUGUUAUUGAAGCUCAACUUGUUCAUGUAGUUGUUGAUCAAAAUAGUGCAACACAACCAUCGACGCCAACAACAGAGAGAAAUGAAGGAGAAACUUCACCAACAUCUUGA